AUGGCAGCCCCUACUCCUUUUCCACAGAGGCCGGAGGAUCUUGUACAGCCAGCCCAGCCCGAGAAUCUUUACGAUAUCAUACCCCUGCCCAAUCCACCUGAUGACUGGAUGUGCCUUGAUUACAGAUUCGACAAGGUGAAGGAUUGUCGUAUUAUGAAGAUUGCCACGUUGCGCGUAGUGGCGCAUCACUACUUCUGGGGAAUCCAUUGGACGGAGCCCAAGAAGAUGGCAAAAAGCACGAGAAGAAUACACGGCCGCGUAACCGUUCUAACGAAUCUGUGGAAAUUGUUCUAUUAUAUGACAGACCAGCAUCGGCCAAAAAGUUGGGAAGAUAUGCUGAAUUUUAACCGAGACACCGGUCCUCGGCUCUUGCAAUACAACCUCACUCCACGACCACCACCUAUUAGUCAAUGGUUUCCAACUGAACCAAAUGAUCGAACUGUCAUUUUACCGGCGUACUACAGACCCCUUGAUGCCCCACACGAUUUACCCGAUCUCAUUCUCCAGCAAUACUUAUAUUCAUCCGAAAGUUUCCACGAGCCCACUGUAGCUCCACAGCCACCUGAACAGACACAACAGGAAUUUUUAAAUGAGGAGGAAAACCCUUUCUUUGGAGAGGAGCACCUUUCUCCUAUCAACUUCCAGGCAGAGUAUCCUGGACUGACAGAACAGGGGCAGGGGUUUGACGAUGACGAGCUGAUGCAAUCUAUUUUGAUGACAGAUCCAGCUCCAUUGACAGAACAGGAGCAGCAAGAGCUAGGACUGGCUGGUGAUCUGAUGCAAAUUAUCGAGGCCCAGGCCGGUGCACCUCCUUCCUCCGAGGGUCAAAGAUCGUCCGACAAAGAGCGCUCCCCGAAGAGGCGGAGACGGGAUAUCUCUCCAGCUGCCCCGAAUUACCGCGGUGGCCCCGCUCCGCCUGGGCCGGCUGUCCCAGUGUUCGAGGGCCCGGUAUAUGCUUCUCGGCAGGACCCUACGAAGUGGGCCUGGAUGCCUGCUCUGCAGCCAGAACAUUUUGCCCCGCCAGAGGAUGAGGCACAGAUUGGCCCUCUUUUCCCAACGGUUGAACCUGUCUACGAUAAUCAGGUCGUCAACGAGGCGGUCGAAAAGGCCCUGAUGCAGAUAGUAUAUAGUGAUCUAGACCGUGAUCCUUCUCUUCCUUCCACUGCCGAGCCUGUCAAGAACGUCACCGCACAUUCAUUCACUGACAUGCUUCAAAUGAAGAUUGGGGCCUUCAACACGGUGGGAAAUGUCAGAUUAUCACCAGUGACGUUUGAGUGGAAUCCAACCGGUGACUUAUUUCCACUUCGCGGUCGUGGCCCUGUCUGGCACGGUCAAUCUUGUGCCACUGACUGCGUGAUCAUGGUAGGUAUGCUCAUGGACGUGGGAUGUACAAAGAUUGACCGUGCCAAUAACCGAGCAGCCGGGUUCACGGAAAUCGAAAAGGCAUUCAUCGAGACAACAAACCUGAGCUGGGAUAUUCUUGAUGAAAACCAGUCCAUCCGCGCGCGUGAUGAGUUUCUUCAAAAGUUUAUAGAUAGCCAGCUUCAUCUGAAAAUGGGACAGCCUGUCCCACCUUGGGCUGUGUGGUCCCAGGUCACAAAUAGCUUCUCGCAGUUCCGUUACCACCACAUUGAGCGAGUAACGCCUUGCAAAUGCCAGAAUGCCGAGACAUUCGUCGACUACCACGAGGGGUCAUGCAUCUUACCUGGAUUUAGGAAAGGCGACGACAAAGGCGUGCCCGUGGCAACCCUCAUCGAAAGAUGUUUCUACGCGCGCAAAUCCUUCGCCUGCACCCAAUGUGGAGAUCCCCUGGGCGUCACUGGGGAGCGAAGAAUUGGACAAUUACCAUUGCGCCUGGUGAUGACUUUUGAUGUGAAAACUAGGAUCCGGGGCCAUACUCAACAUCUGAAGUUCAAGUAUCUGGACUACGACGACAAGAAACAGGUUGCGCACUAUCGCUGGCUUGGUGGUGUUUACAAUAACGAGGAACAUGCUCGUGUUUAUUGGACUGAUCAAAAGCGUGGCGAAAAGAUUGGAACGGAUCUGAUGAUGUACGACAGUCAAGUGAAUCAGGGUAUCUUGUUCGGUCGAGUGCCGGCAUUCAGACCCGAAGAACGAGUGCCCUUGGAAUGGGUGAAUCACAGUUCCAUUCCUCUGCUCUUCUUUGAGCGCAUCUUGGAUCCCUCCAGAGAGCUUUUGGCGACAGCCCAUAAUGCCGUUUAUAAUAUGGGCAGUAUCAUUGGAAGAAAGAAGAACGUUCUGGAGGAACAUGUUCCUUGGACUACCCCAGACCCUCAGCCUGCGGAGGAGCCAUGGGAGCGAGUCACCUCGAACAUUGGAGAUCGAUUCAUCGAUUAUAAUCCUGAGUGGGCACGGCCUGCCCCCGAGCAGGACCCAGAGCCACAGGCUGCCAGUGAAUCCGUCGACCCGGGGCCUGUUGACCCGAUUCUCAUCGACCCCGCGGUCGUUGACCAGUCAAUGCUUGACCCAUCUAUCUAUAAUAGCACCACGCCUCCCGACUUCGACAUUAUGGAUUUCCUUGACCCGGCUGCGAUGGCCGAGGACGUUUUAACCCCGCAACCACCUACAGGCGGGCUCAACAACAGAUUGAAGAAUCACAUGUUCAACUCGAUGCUGAACACUCCGGAUUGGCUUGCCGCGCAUCCUGAAAUGUGGCCUUCAGGUAAGCCUUCCCGGGAAGGUGCUUUGGAAUUCCCAGAACUGCCGACAUGGCCUUCCCCCAAAGGAAAGCGGAAACGCAGGGCCAAAUCCGAUAUCACGAUGCGCGAUGUCGAUGACCGCCUACCGAAACAGUCGCCACAAAUCGGAACCAAGCUCAAGACCGCUGUGAUGUUCAGUCAAAGCGUUGACCCCAAACAAAGAGCGGCAUAUGAAAACAAACGAAUCCGAAUGGAGCUGAACGACUACUUGAACAAAGUGGAAACCCAAUGGUGGGCACACAAGAAGGACGGAGAGGGACUAAGUGAGGUUGAGCAAAUAAGAGAGAAAAAGAUUGAAGAGUACGAAGCUCGGCAAAGAUCCAGGAGUGAAUGCCAAGGGACAGGACCAGCGAAGCCAGCAGCCCCAAGUGCACCAGCCCCAAGUGCACCAGCUCCAAAGACAAUUCUGAAAGCAGCGGCUCCGACAGCACCUCAGGCUGCAGCCCCCAAGACUGCCGCUCCAAUCUCGACUCUGGGCUCGGACCGCACGCUCAGGCCUAAAGCACCAGCCGCGGUGCCCCAGAAAAAGCCCAACACCGAGGAACAGCAGCAGCGCAAUAAUGUCUACAGCCAGUAUAAGACUACCCAGAGCCAAAAGGUAGCGGAGCCAGAAGUGAGGCAGCCACCACCACAGGCCUCCAAGGUGGAGGAGAGUAGGGGGAGGCCAGCGGCAGAAGCAGAUGAUGAUCCUGCUUGGAAUCCUAGUGAUUUCUCGGAUCGGGAUCUGUCAGACUUCGACUCGGACUAUCUGGAUUCAGACUGA